UCGUCUCCCUGUCCCAUAUCCGUCGACGAUGCUCCGUUGCACCUUCACUGCCCUGCCCGAUUACAACCGAUGCUUCGAUCAGUAGGUAUGUCAAACAACAGACAGAGCAUUGGGUAGUAGUAAAGACAAAUGCACGCUCGCUAAUGCUCAUCCAAAACACAAAUGCCAGAACCACCAAAACAUCUCAAAAGUCCAGCCCAUCAUCCGAGCUCUGGUCCCACGGUGACACAGGCCGGGAGUCACGAAGCGGCGACGGCGGCGGCGGCGGCGACGUCUCGGCCGGUUGGAGCACGAUUUUGAGCGACAGCUUGUUGCGCGGUUUGGCGGCGGAGGCUUUGAAGGCGUUGUGCAGGUCGGCGUUGGAGAAGGAUUUGUGCAGGUCGUCGGUGGAGAAGGAGUCGACGCGGGUGAGGGUGAGGUUGGUGGUGGUGGGGUGGGGCAUGGUGGAGGUCAUUUUUGCGGUGUUGUUGGGUUGGUUGUUGAGUUGGUUGUUGGGUUGGUUUGUGUCGAGGGUGGAGGUGGUUGUUUGUUGUAGAUGGUGGUUUUUUGGUAGAGGCAAAUGGCGGUGUGAUGAGAUUUGGAGGCGCGGGGCUGUAAGGCUGAGUGAUGAGGGAGAGGAAGCAAGAUGCGAAAGGACUUUGCAGCGAUACUUGUAGUGAAUCGCGCAAGGCAGAAGGCGGGAAGCGAAAUCAGAGUGAAUCAAAGGAAGAGCCAAGAGAGACG